UCUCAGGACAUCGGAGUCAGCGAGGAACCCAGCGCAGAUCAAACCGACCUAUCGGUGAGCCCCCCUCCUCCCUACGUCCCCCCUCCCCCCCUCUCUCUGUCUGACAUCACCGCCCACGGGCCGCAGGACAGGCUGGGCCACUCUGAUGUCACCGAGAGCCUGGCCAAUCCUGUGGAGGAAGGAGGAGGCCCGGAAGGAGGCGCUGGGUUCCAGUUUGAUGACAAGGAGGAAGAAGUGGGAGACCUGUCGAGGAGGAGCGAGGAGCAGAAGGUGGAGAAAGGAGGAGGACAAAGUCUGGGAGGAGAGGAUUGUGAUGCAGACCGAGCUUCAGACCAAUGUUUGGGGGUCCUGAAUCCAACCAUGGAAGUACCCCAGAUGGACGGAAUAGUGCCAGAACCUGGACUUGGAGACCAGGAUAAGGAAGACCUUCAGAGGGGCUUCGACCAAUCAGAGCACAAAGAGGAGUCACCGCGAGACGCUCACUCGUACCUCGGGAAGCUGGAACAGCAGGGCGGCCUCGCGUAUCCCGAGUCCAUUGAAGAGCCCGGAGAGGAGGUGGAUGGGUUGAUUCUGUAUCAGACAGGAGAGGAAGUGACCAUGGGAAACUCUCUGGACACAGAAACAUUGCUGGGGAACACAGCUGGAGAGGAAGGUCCAGAGGACAGCACAGAUCUGGCAGAUCAAGUGGACGAGAUCUCUGAAGGGCAGGUGGAUCCAGUUCCUCUUAUGGACGUUCCAGUGGUUCAACCCUGUGAGGAAGAACCAGAGAAACAUCUAGACAUCAUGACAGUAGCAUCAAAGGCAAAGAACGGAGCUGGACUCAAAAGCGAAGAGUCCAUGGAUCAGGAAGCCUAUGAUGGUACGGCUGAAGAUCUGAACUGUAAGAACAGAGUCCUGACGUUCUCCCUCGAUCAGGAACACAAAGACGAUCUGCUUGAGCAAGAUGAACUCAAAAUGGCCGCCACUCUUCCUGCAGACAGAGUUGACUCAAAGCCAUCUAAUCUGAAGUUCUCUCUGUUACCAGACGGAGGCGCUGAGAAGAAACCACAGCAACUGGAGCUGCCAGUCAAGGUGGAGGAGACCAAGACGGAGACGGGUGUGGACGUCUACCCUCACAGCUCUGAAUUCAAACAUGGAAAGUUCUUCUCCUACCGGGUCAAGUCAGAAACACUGGUGACCAAAGCAGAGCAUUUACACUACCCUGUCAAACCAGAAACCCUGGAGACCAAACCUGAAGAUCUAAGCCCCCCCAUGAAGGCUGAGCGCUCAGACCGUAACCCUGAAGUCCUCCAGUUUGCAGCCUACUCAGAUGGCGCCGAAAUCAAACCCGAAGCAAAACCGGUAACUCUCAGGUUUUCUCCUUAUCCAGACGGGGCUAAGCUUAAGACCGAGUCAGAGCCAGAGGAUUUAACGGCCUUUCCUCACACUGCCAUCAAGCCUGAAAUCAAGCCGGAGGGUUUGGAGUUCUCCACCUACCCAGACAGCUCUGAGAUCAAGCCUGAGGCCAAGCCAGAGGACCUGGACUUCUCAGCUUUCCCUGAGAUCAAAGCUGAGACGAAGCAAGAGCCACUGGAGGCCGACAGUACAGUCCUGACCCCGAAGCUGGAGCAGGCCGACGGGCUGGUCGACUCCUCGGAGAGUCUGGUGGAGAAAGGCCAAUUGAAGGAGGAGCGGCCAGGUACGCCAGUGUUAGUGGUAGAAGGUUACUCCAGCCCCAGGUUUCCUCCUGUCUCCAUGUGUGAUGUUCCUGACAGCCUCCAUGAGUCCAGAGAGCCGACCAUCGCCCAGCUGCUCCAGGAGAAAGCUCUGUACUCCUUCUCUGAGUGGCCCAAGGACCGGGUCAUCAUCAACCGUCUGGACAGCAUCUGCCACGCCAUCCUGAAGGGGAAGUGGCCUUCAUCCAGUGAACAGUACGACUCUCCCGGCUCUGUGGUCGCCAACUCCUGCCUGGCCAACAGCUUAGCCCAGCACCUCCAGCACCAGCACCUCCAGCACCAGCACCACCAGCAGCACCGAGCCAGCUUCCUCCCCACCGCGGCCUCCGGUUCCGUCCCCAGUCAGCCCCGGAUCCAGCAGACCAACGCGGGUCUGGGGUUCUCCAUCCCCCCCCCUCUCACUAGACUCCCUAAGUACAUGUCGCGAGGCGGCGCAUGUGGGCGCGGAGCUUGGCGCCUCACCUCCUUGCCUCUCUUACAGGAGAGACUCGUGGCUCCUCCUUACCUCCCCGAGCUCAAACGAGCGGGGGUUCGGAGGUCAUUCGACUAUGAGGCCGCCACCGCCAAGGUUUUAUCUGGGAAAUCGGCACCGUCGUGCCACACGGCCUUCUCCACGAGCUCCGGCAGUGUGCCUCCCCCGGUGGUGGCCCCGCCCUCUCAUCAUCACAGCGGCGCCAUGUUGAUUAACGGCUGGCAGGAGACAGCCAUCGAUCUCACCAAGUCGUCUGGUGAAAUAAGCAAAAGCGUGGGGUCAGGAGAUGCCGCGGUGGCUCCGGGACCCGGUCACCAGCUGCCACCGCCGCCCCCCAUCACCGCACCACUGCCGGGCUCCGUGGGGAUGGACAUGGCCGGGAUCCUGCAGGCCGGGCUCAUCCAUCCUGUAACGGGGCAGAUAGUUAACGGAAGCCUGAGGGGAGAUGACUCCCUGAGGAGGAGGAGAGGCAGGAGGAGAAACGUUGAGGCACUGUACUCUGAGUUCACCAAGAGCAGAGGACUGCACCUCCCGGAGACUCAGCUGCAGGGCCGAGUGGAGCUGAUCAGCCACUCCUCCGUCUCCUCCUCCACCUCCUCGCCGUCCCCCUCUCCUUCAGAGAGACCCGCCGGCCCCACCACUCCUUCAGAAAGACCCGCUGGCCCCCCCACUCCGUCCUCCUCCUCCACGCCCACCCCCACCCAGACUCCUCCUCAGCCGGAGAUCGUGGCCAUCGACCGAGAGGCGGCCAGCAAAGGUCUGAUGGAGUGGCUGAGACAGAACCCGGGCUACAGCAUGGACCUCCCCAGCUUCUCUCAUUCUGGAGCAGGUCUUCUUCAUGGCUUUGUGGAGCGUCCUAAACAGAGGAGGCAUCGCUGCAAAGACCCCACAAAGCUGGACAUCAACUCUCUGACGGGGGAGGAGAGAGUCCCUGUGGUCCACCGAGGAACCGGACGCAGGCUGGGUGGAGCGAUGGCUCCGGCCAUAAAGGAGCUGUCCCGGUGGCUCGAUGCUAACUCAGAGUACUACGUGGCUCCAGACUGGGCUGACGUGGUCAAACACUCGGGUUUCCUCCCUGAGGGGAAGUUCUGUCGGAUCCUCACAGAACCGGUGAACAGAGACCCGGGUUCUCGGCGCCGUGGGCGUCGUCCUCGCAGCGAGAUGCCUAAGCCCCUCCUCUCCGUCUCUGACUCCGCCUCCUCCGGCCUCGGCCCCCCACUCUUCAUGAACGGAGGGCUGAUCGGCAGCAUGGACUCCAUGGUGGCCAUGCAAAACCUGCGCGGCGGUCUCCACGGGAUCCCCAUCUCCGGCAUCAUGGCGGCCGGGUUCCCUCACGGCUUCUCUGCUGCUGUCCAAGGGGGCGGAGCUUCGGCAGAGGACGCCAAGAACGGGUUGAGCAUGUUACCCAUGAUGCUUCACGGCAUCCCUCACCCCCACGGCGGAGCCCUACAACAGCACGCCUUGUUCAGCGUCGGUGCGAUGAUGGCCCACGCUCCUCCUCACCCCAGCUCCUCCUCCUCCUCUUCAUCCUCCGCUUCAAAGGUCACCACCACAACCGCCCCAUCGACGUCCGAGGCCGCCAGCCCUUCGUCCACCACACCGGCCGACGCCUCCUCUGGCUCCACCGGGGGGGAGGAGGAGGAGAAAGGAGAUGCCAACAAGAGAGCGGAGGUCAUCUCCUCCACCAGCAGGGCUCACCUAGGCUCCGCCCACCUGGGGGCCGGUAGUCACCUCACCUUUAACCCCUUCCUGAUCCCCGGCAUGUCCCACGGCCUGCUGUACCCUCACAUGUUCUUGCCCCACGGCGGCAUCAUGGCGCUGCCCGCUAUGCCUCCUGGUGCGCUGGAGCCGGGGAGCCCCAAGAGGAGGAGGAAGAGAGGGAGGGAGGAGGGGGAGAGAGAGGAGGAGAGAGAAAGUACAGUCAAGGCUAACGUUAGCCUCCACCCGGCCUCCUCCUCCUCGUCUCCCUCCGCCCCCCCCACCUCCUCGUCUCCUUCUGCCCCCCCCACCUCUUCGUCUCCCCCCCCCCCCCCCACCUCCUCGUCUCCUUCCGCCCCCCCCACCUCCACUCCAGAGGAACCGGACUCCCACGGCCCUCCUGAGGAGAGAGAGGAAAGACCGGAGGAGGCGGCAGGAGAGGCAGCGGAGGAGCAGAGACAGGUGUGUGGAGAGGAGGCGUAGAGUAGGAGAGACAUCCACCUCCUGCUCCUCCUCAGUGUAAAGUUUGUGCCGUGUCUGUCAGUCGAUGUCCAUGUAAAGACUUUUAUUAUGACGCUGACUAAGAAUAACGAUGAUGAUGAUGAUGAUGAUGAUGAUGAUUAUAUUCAACUUGGUUCUGUUUAUAUACCAAGACCCCCCCCCCCAUCCUUGUAUACAAAAACAGUGUAAGAAACCAUCUUCUGUGUUCUUCUCCCCUUCGUCCUGCAUCCAGACUGAGACUCCUCCUCCUCAGGAGGAGAGGCGUGUUGACUGAGGAGCAGCUUCAGUAACCAAUCAGAGGCUCUGGAGAGCUGAGGCUCUGACGUGUUCUUUGGAAUCAGAGGAAGUUUAAGUUCUCGUUGUGUUUGGUUUCACUUCUCUUAUUGUGUGACAUUAAAACACUUUUAUCUUCUACAUGAGACUCAAUUAGGAGACAUCUGGUGACGCUUUGAGGCCCCCCCCCCCCACACAUUUUAAUAUUUUAAUCAUGACUUAAUUGUUAUCAAUGCUAUGCCAUUGCUGCUAUAACUUCAAGUUGUUCUUCUCUCGAGAAUCAUAAUCCAGAUGUCUGAAGCAGAGAACAAUCAUGAGACUCAUCGUUUGGUUCAUCACGAGAAGAUCUGAGUCACUUUGUCCCUCGAGU